AUGCCUUCAGCAUGGUCAGCAUACCACGGUGCUCUUCCUGAGCAUUGCGAGCCAGCGUCUCCCUUCUUGGAACUGAUCUCAUCCGUUCUACAAAUAUGCCUACCGACUCCGCUUGCUCUUAUUUCUUCUACACUGGGGGUGCUGAGUAUCAUCUCCUGGCUCUUUGCCCAGCUUCCGCAGAUAUAUAAGAACUACAAGAUUAAGUCAACGGCAGGCUUGUCCAUAUUUUUCAUUGUCGAAUGGCUUCUCGCAGAUACCGCCAACUUCAUUGGUGCAGUUCUUACGAACCAGGCUGGCUGGCAAGUCACGAUUGCCGCUUAUUACAUACUUGUCGACCUUGUCAUGACCUGCCAGCACUUUUGGUACACCCAUAUUAAGCACUGGAAGCCAAAUCGUCUUCGAUACGCAACAAUCAGUGGUGACGAUGACAGCGAUGUGGAUUUCUCACCUUCAGACAGUGACUCAUUCCAGGAGUUAUCUGCUUCCCAACAUGCAUCUUCUGCUCGCCCGUCAGAUGAAUCGAAGACGGACGGAAAACAGUCAUGCAAUGAAAAGGCUCAACCUCAAACGGCAAAAGGGAAACGUUAUGUCAAAUCAGGGGCUGCCGGAAACUCACUUACUUCUACCAAAGCUGUCUUGUUUGUUUCUAUGCUAUGUGCAGUUCUAGCCAACGCUGCCUCGCUUCCAGCUCCUGACGCUUCACGGUCACACCCAAUCACAACACCACCGCCCAAUACAAAAGAGUUUGUGGGUCGGAUAUUCUCUUGGAUUUCUACUAUCCUUUACCUUGGAUCACGGCUACCACAACUAUACAAAAACUACAAGCGCAAGAGUACCGCUGGCCUAUCUCCGUUACUCUUUGUAGCUGCCUUUUGUGGAAACACAUUUUACUCCUCCUCUUUACUCACCAAUCCGAAUGGUUGGUACAAUUUCCCCCCAUACGGUGGAGGUGGAUGGGCCGGUCCAGAUGGAAACGAUCGAAUUAACUGGAUAAUACUCGCAAUCCCGUUCUGGCUUGGAGCUACUGGUGUCCUCCUACUAGACGUAUGCGUAGGUAUCCAGUUCAUGAAAUAUGGAGAACAGAGGAAGCAGAUUGUUACCCGUGUAGGAAGAGGGCGCCAUAGAUGGACCAGGGUCACUGGUUUCAUGAAGGGCUGGAUCCCUUCACUGUCCCCCGAGAGAAAUGCGCCAAACACCGAGACGCAGGCUCUCAUUUCCCGGGAGGGUGAUAGAUACGGCAGUGUUUAA